AUGGCAAGAACCAAGCAGACAGCUCGUAAGUCCACCGGCGGCAAAGCCCCCAGGAAGCAGCUGGCCACCAAGGCUGCCCGCAAGAGCGCACCGGCCACCGGCGGCGUCAAGAAGCCUCACCGUUACAGGCCCGGUACCGUGGCUCUUCGCGAGAUCCGCCGCUACCAGAAGUCCACCGAGCUCCUCAUCCGCAAGUUGCCCUUCCAGCGUCUGGUGAGGGAGAUCGCGCAGGACUUCAAAACCGAUCUGCGCUUCCAGAGCUCGGCCAUCAUGGCUCUGCAGGAGUCCAGCGAGGCUUAUCUGGUCGGCCUGUUCGAGGACACCAACCUGUUCCAACGAACAAUCAUGUCCGGCAGAGGCAAAGGAGGUAAGGGUCUAGGAAAAGGAGGCGCCAAGCGUCACCGUAAAGUUCUGCGUGACAACAUCCAGGGCAUCACCAAGCCCGCCAUCCGCCGCCUGGCUCGCCGCGGCGGCGUCAAGCGUAUCUCCGGGCUGAUCUACGAGGAGACUCGCGGUGUGCUGAAAAUGUUCCUGGAGAACGUCAUCCGUGACGCCGUCACCUACACCGAGCACGCCAAGAGGAAGACGGUGACCGCCAUGGAUGUUGUGUACGCGCUCAAGAGACAAGGUCGCACUCUGUACGGCUUCGGAGGAUAAAGUGUCCGUCUUAUCUAGCUAAACCAAAGGUCCUUCUAAGGGCCACCCACCAUUUCUCCUAAAAGUCACUUCUGUACUACAAUGACGCUGACAUAACAAACUUAUGAUAGUUACCGUGAUACUUAAUCAGCCGAUAUCGCCUCAUCUAA